CACUCAUCUGCCUUCCACCACCACCACCACCACCACCACCUCUUCUCCUCCUCCACUGGAGAGACGAAAUCAAAAUGCGAACAACAUUCUCCCCCAUCCUCGCCUCUCUGGCGAACGUCUUCCGCAUCCCUCUUUCCCAGACUGUCACCCGUCCGGCCGCCACCGCCGCUCUCGGCCGCUUCAAUGGCAACAGCAACAGCAACAGCACCACAAAUGCCGCCGCCGGCAGCAGCAGCAGCACGCGACAAUUUUCGACGACGAGCGCAAUGCUCAAGCGGCACCGGGGGCCUACUAUUGAUAGAAGAAUCACAAUGAUCCGCUACUUCCUUCACCAUCCACUCACCCCGCGGCCCCUCCGCUUCAGCCGCACCCGCUUCCUCCGGCACUGGACCAUCCACCGUGCGUGGCACCUGUACCGGGCGCAGCAGCGGCGCGCGCACCAGGUGGAGCUGGAGCGGCAGUGGCAUGCGAUGCGCGCGGCGUGCGAGGAGCUGCGCACGGGCGCCGGCGACGGCGGCAAGCUGUUCCGCAAGAGCAUGAUCAAGACCGGGGUGUUCCGGGAUUUGUUCCCGAUUGAGUACGCGCGGCUGCAGACGGAGGGGCCUCCUGCUGAGGGGUGGAAUCAUGAAUGGAGGCGGAGAUAGAUUCUUUGACUCAUGUGAGAUUUCUUUGGGGGCGGGCAAGGGAAAAGUGGUUAUGCGGGUGGGUGGUUAAAUUUCCUUGGUGUAGGUUUUAUGUAUAUUAGAGUACAGUUUACAGUUAGU